UGCAUAGAAAGUGUUUUAGGCAAGGCAGAUUAUAAUCACAACAAAGUCAACCAGUGGACUGCUGCUAUAGUAGAACAGUCGCUGACACAUCUGGUAAAACUUGGAAAAACAUACAAGUACAUCGUAACCUGUGCAGUGAUGCAGAGGAGUGGAGCUGGUCUUCACACAGCAAGCUCGUGCUUCUGGGAUACCACAACUGAUGGAACCUGCACAGUGAGAUGGGAAAACCGAACAAUGAACUGCAUUGUCAAUGUGUUUGCUGUUGCUAUUAUCCUGUAGCUGACUGGAAGAUAAAUAUAAGCAACACCGAAGCCUUUAAAAAAAAAAAAAAUCAUCCAAACACAUGGCUAAAUAUUUCAAACCAUUAUUUGUUUUUGUAUGAAGAGCAUACAGAAGUUCUCUACAGAGAGCAUACAGUCUAAGCCAGUUCUCAUAGAUUAAUUAUCUGAAAGCUAGCAAAAAAUUUAAAAUAUAAAUAUGUAUCUAUAUAAAGAGAAAGUUUUAGUACUUUAAAUAUUCAGAAGUAUGUUAAUGAGAAGAUGUCACAAAGAUCAAUACAAUUUAUAUCCAAGCUAAUAUCAAAGAUACUUUAUUCAAGGGAAACAAAACACAUCAAAUCAAAGGAAAGGUCAAAGAGCAAGCAAGAUCUCUCAGGAUUAUGGUGCGUUUGGGAACAAAUUAUGAAUACAAUUCAGAGUGGAUAUACUGUAAACAAUACUGGUGCUUGAUGUUUGAUUAAACAAAGCUAACUGUCACAUUGAAUGCUGGUGCUCAUGAAAUUGCAUGAGCAUCACACUUCGGUCAAGCAUGAACAUUUACAUUGAAACUAAAUCCAUUUAAGCUUUUCCCCUGGAGGCAGAGGAUGACUGCACUGGGACAAAGGUGAAAUAUACCUAGUCCUAGCAGAAUUCUAAUUUAUCUUCAGUAUGAAGAACAUAAUAUUUGUUACAGAUUCAGGGAAACAUGCUGGCGAUCAGACACUAGCCCUUAAUUCAUAGUUUACAAAUCUGAAAACAUUCUGAAGGUACUUAAAUUUUAUUUUAUUCCACAACUGCAGAAUUUGUGACAAGCACUUUACUGAUUCCUCAUGCAGUAGCCAGGAGCUAGGGCAGUAAGACUGGACCCAUAUUACUCCCAAGUACGAUUAAAGUGUUCAGAGAGAAGGCACACACAUUUCUAGAGGCUCUUGUUAGCUUUGAAAACAUUUAUCUUAAAGCAACAUAUCUGUUCUUUAUAAGAGUGUUUCCUACGUUCUCUAAGUCUAGAAUUGGAUCUUAAGUCUAUGAAAUAAUAAGUGAAGUUUUAAGCACUAAGAAUUACCGUCCUGUGAAGAUUUAUGCACGUUCUUAACUUUGCUCAUCUGAUGAGUCUUAACUUGAAAUAUUCCACGUGGAACAAAAGCAUUUGCACACAUGCAAGUAUUUGCUGGAUUGGGGCCUAUGUUUUUGUUGAUUAAUGCACAAAUUAUAUGAUAAAGAGAUAUGUCAAUACCAAAAAUGCCUAAACAAUUGCUGCCACUAAGUGGCAGCUACGUUAAGUUGUUUUCUCAGAUGCUGCUUAAGGAUAGAGUUUUUUCUUUAUUACUGCAUGUCUUUGGAAGAGACUGGUAACCACUUAACAGCUACUGUUAAGGCUGUUCUGGAUUUUAACAAAUUAAUAUUAAAGCACUAUUAUGCAGUUUU